AGGGGGGCCAGACGCCCGCGUGGGUGGGCCGCACCCUGGGCCCCGCUGGGACCCGCUAGGGCGAUCCGUGGUGCGGGCAACUGCGGAGAAGCGUCUUGAGGCAGGGGCGCUAGGAGACGCCGGGUUGCGGCCCAAGAGGCGGCGCUCUGGUUGACCUGGCCUUUGCUGCCGCCGGGGCUUUAAAGCCGCAGCCUGCGAGGUGUAUCCUUGUCUAGGUCUGCGGGAAGCUGGUUCAGGGAACCCCGCAUCGCGGCUCCCAGAGCCCCGCUUCUCGGUGUACCGCUGCGGCUGCGAAAGGCCACGCUGGAGGGUUAGGGUUCAUCAGGAGCGACAGUACCACCCUAGGCCGCCUGUGCUUGAGAAUUGCGAGGAGACCCACUUCCAGUCUGGAGGCCGACGUGAACGUUGGGCGUGUUUUGAGCGGGGAUGUGGUCUGUCUAUAGAAGGCUGGGUAAAAACAAAAUCUUUUACCAGUCCUCCACUAAAGAGACAUCCUGUGGAGCUGAAAGCCUCAAGAGCCCGCGCUCUCACGCCCCCGUCUCUGGUCCUACCGGCGUCCGCGGCCGAUCUGUUUUAAAUAUAUUUUUGCAAGUCCUGGUGUUCUGGCUGUAUGAGGGUGCUCUUGGAGCCCUCCUCUCCUGCUUGGUGCUCUGCUAGAAGAAGAGAGAGGCAUGCACUCAAACCUGCCCAGCCGGCUGCCUCCCAAGGAGAUGGUGCUUAAUUUAAGAGAAGAGUCAGUUUUGCAGAGUUGUUAAAGUCACACCAGCCUCGAGGAGCCUCCAGGUUCUGGUGCUGCAGGAACAUGCCAAAGUCCUGAGGGCAGGAGACUUAUCAGAGGAGGACCACGCAACUGUGAAGCCUCUCAGCAGAAGUUCUGGCAGUUUCCUCGGCAGAGGUGGACAGGCGCAGUCGGGGAGUCAUCAUCAUGCUGCAGCAGCUUUUGAUCACUCUGCCCACUGAGGCCAGCACCUGGGUGAAGCUGCACCACCCACAGAGGGCCAAGGAGGGGAUGCCCCUGUGGGAGGACGUGACUAAGAUUUUUGAAGGAGAAGCUCUGCUACCUCAGGGUGCUGAUGAGACCCAGGGAGAAGGUUUAAAGGAUGAAGGGACCUCUGGGGCUCGAACAGCAGAAUCCCAGGAACAAUUGACCUUCAAGGACAUAUCUGUGAACUUCACCCAGGAGGAGUGGAGGCAGCUGACCCCUGCUCACCGGAACCUGUACCGGGAGGUGAUGCUGGAGAACUAUGGGAACCUGGUCUCCGUGGCAGGAUAUGAACUUUCCAAACCUAGGGUGAUUUCCAAGUUGGAAGAAGGAGAAGAGCCAUGGAUAACAGAGAAAGAAGGCCCAGGACAUUGCAGUUCAGACUUGAGUAAAGCAGAAACCAAUAUGUCAACUGCAAAGAAUGAUAUUUUACAGGAACAGUUAUAUCAAGGCAUCAUGAUGGAAAGGUUCAUGAGGGAUGAUGUCAUUGAUUCCACAUUGAGAAAAGUCUCCAGAUAUAAUGAUGAGUUAGAAAGGCAUCAGGACACCCAUGGAAGAAAUGUAAGACAAGCCAUCUUGACCCAUAAGAAGAGAGGCCAAGAAACUAACAAAUUUGGGGAAAAUAUUGUGAGUUCAAAUGUUAUUAUAGAACAGAGGUACCAUAAAUAUGACACACUUAGAAAGAGGAACAAAUACAAAUUAGAUCUGAUUAAUCAUCCGAGUUAUAUAAGAACAAAAACCUAUGAGUGUAACAUAUGUGAAAAAAUCUUCAAACAACCCAUUCAUCUUACUGAACACAUGAGAAUUCAUACUGGGGAGAAACCUUUCCGAUGUAAGGAGUGUGGUAGGGCCUUUAGUCAAAGCGCAUCUCUUAAUACCCACCAGAGAAUCCAUACUGGUGAGAAACCCUUUGAAUGUGAAGAAUGUGGCAAAGCUUUCAGACAUCGCUCCUCUCUUAAUCAGCAUCACAGAACUCACACUGGGGAGAAACCCUAUGUAUGUGAUAAAUGUCAGAAAGCUUUCAGCCAGAACAUUAGCUUGAUCCAACAUUUGAGAACUCAUUCUGGAGAGAAACCCUUUACAUGCAAUGAAUGCGGGAAAACCUUUCGACAAAUUCGACACCUUAGUGAACAUGUAAGAAUUCAUACUGGGGAGAAGCCCUAUGCGUGCACUGCAUGUUGUAAAACCUUUAGUCAUAGAGCAUAUCUAACACAUCACCAGAGGAUCCAUACUGGGGAGAGACCUUACAAAUGUAAAGAAUGUGGGAAAGCCUUUAGGCAGAGGAUCCACCUUAGCAAUCAUAAAACUGUUCAUACAGGAGUGAAAGCAUAUGAGUGCAACCGCUGUGGAAAAGCCUAUAGGCAUGACUCAUCCUUUAAGAAACAUCAGAGACAUCACACUGGAGAAAAACCUUAUGAAUGUAAUGAAUGUGGAAAAGCCUUCAGCUAUAAUUCAUCACUUACUCGGCACCAUGAAAUACACAGGAGGAAUAACUUCAGAAAUAAUGUGUAAAAACAGAUUAUCCAACAUGAGAACAAAAGCCAAGUCUAAAUCAGUGAUUCUGUGCUUUUAAAUAGAGCUCUAAAUUUGAGUUAUCGAUACAAUGAUACCAACUUCUAAUUUUGCCAAUUGUAUAAACACUACAUUGAUAACUGUUAUCUACUGUCACCUCUAUACAAAGUACUUAAUCAAGAAUAAAGGAUGGUUCUUCCAAUUCAGCAAUCUGGAAAAUUCACACAUUAUUUUUCUGAUUUCAUGGUGAAUUAAUAAAUAAUUCUUCAUGGGCAUUCACUGAUUUACAGGUAAGCUUUUAGGAACUACUGUUUAAAAUGUAACCACCCCCCAUGUUUUAAAUUAAUUUAUUUUUAAUGGGGAAAACUUGCACAUGGCACAAAGUUCAAAAGGCACAGACAGUUCUAUAAGUGAGAAGUAUCCUUCCUUCAUUCCCACCAUCAAAUUCUACCUAAAGGCAACAAUUUUUUAUAACUAAAAAUUUUUUUGUGUACCCUUUCAGAGAAUUUUCUAUUUAUAUCCUAGAGAAUACAAA